AGUAAAACGUAAACAUCGACUUCGCAUGUUCUGUUAAAAUUUUUGUGCAAAGAAGAAGAAAUUUAUACUUGCUUUUAUUACAUGCAAAAUAUGGUAUACUUACAUUUUCCAUCAAAUUUAACAGAGGAGGAAUUGAUAUUGCAAGCGAAGUAUAACAAGCUUAAAAGAAAGAAAAAAGCAUUACAAGAUUUGAAAGCACCAAAACAAGAAACCGAACGUGUACCACAAACACCAAAACGACCAACAGAAGCUAGAGAUGCUAGAGAAGUUGCAAAAAAAUUGAUCAAAUCUGGAGUAAUUACUGCCCCAAAAACUCCUAAACGGCCAGAACAAUCAUUUAAAAGACCACGUGGAUUAGUCAGAAAAUUAAAUAGUACAGAAAAGACAGUAAGUUCCUAUCAACCAUUUUCAGCUACACAAAUGGAAGAAGAAGAAACAGAAACUGUAAGACCAAGGGUUAAAGAUUUGUAUGAUAGUUUUGUGAGUGCUCAAGAUACUGAGGAUCGUACUAGCAGAGAUGUUCAGUCACCCACUAAACAAGAAAUGAAGCCACGAGCUGGAAAUACAAUCUUCGUAUGUGGCUAUAAAAUUUCAGAAGAUUUUUUGAAAAAGCAUUUUCAGACAUUUGGAAAUAUUAUAAAUAUUUCAAUGGAAGCAGAGAAAAAUCGUGGAUUUGUUACUUUUGAUAAAACAGAAGCAGCUGAAAGAGCAAUUAGUGAAAUGGAUGGCAGUAUGGUGUCUUCCAUUCAGUUGAAAGUAUCAUUGGCACGAAGACAACCAAUAAUAGAACCUAUGACAGAUGCUACAUCUAGUUCUAUGUGGUCACCAAUAGCAGCAAAUUAUUCUCAAAAAAGUGCACACAAAGAUAGGAGAGAACUGAAAGUGUAUGAGGAAGAUCUUUUUAUGUGAAUGUAAUAUUUUUUAAUUUUCUUAGCGUAUGUUGUUAUAAGAUUAUAAUAUUUGGAAUCUUAUUUUAAAAUAAAAUUGUACAUAGCCUUUAAUAUUUGCAAGGUAUCAAAAAAUAUUUUUUUCAAAUUGUGCACCUUAACUGUUAUG